AUGGACAUCCAAACCAACCUGACAUACCUCCAAUGGCAAACCAGCUAUACCCAAAACCGACCAUAUCGAAUUGCCCAAUUUGGCCGCAGAAAGAAAGAUGACAAGACACACAACCUAGUUUUCUGCAAAGCAGACUCUCCGGAGCUCAUUAGGGAUAUCAGAGGUGUGGAAGCCGACGAGACGUUUACUCUGGAAAAGAACGGACUCGUAUAUGCAAGGCAUCCGCCGCCCCGAUUCACACAGCCAAGAGAUUUCCUAGACCCGGACCAAGUCCGAAAUAUCUUCUUCCCUGAAUGUGAAGCGAUUUUGAGAAAUGAAAUUGAGGGGGUGGGUCGAAUCUUUAUUUUUGAUUGGAAGAUCAGGAAGAAGAAAAGCGCCAAAGAGCGACGGAAAAGGAAUCCAAAUCUCCUGAAAUUUGCCCGGCAGGUUCAUGUCGACACACUGCUUACCAGAGAUGAACGCGAGACGUCCAUGAUGGAGCGCAUUCGCAACCAUCUUCCCGAAGAAUCGCGCCAUCUGCUUUCCGGCCGAGUCCAGAUGAUCAAGUGA